AUGGCUGUUCUAGGCAAGCGAAAGGCUGAUCCUGAGCCUGAAAUCUCGCAAGAAGAUGCGGCUGCCAUUUUCCGCCGACAUUUCGAGGCGCAAUUCGCACCACUACCCGAUGCAAAAGAGCCCAAGCCCAGUUCAAAAAAGACGAAACGUGACGAAGAAAGCGACGACGAUGAUGAUAGCGAAGCAAGCGACGACAGCAACGAUGAAGAGGAAGAUAGCGAGAACGAAAAUGAAUGGGGCGGUCUAUCGGGCGACGAUUCAGACGAAGAGGAAGAGGAAGAGGAAGAGGAAGAGCAACCUCCAGUGGUAGAAGUGGUAGACCAUUCUGGAAAGCAACCAGCAAUGACUGCCACAAUGUCCAAACGAGAAUUGAAGGCUUUUAUGUCUUCACGCCCUCCAGACCAAACAUUCACCAAAUCCGAAUCGACACCUACAGCUACUUCAUCCUCCUCAAACGAACUUCCAGAAGACGCGCCCUCUCUCCUAGCCCAGGAUCUUGAACUCCGUCGACUUAUCGCAGAAUCACACCUCCUCGCCCCUAGUAUGUCAUCUUCUGGUGCAGCUAUUGAGCCAAAAGCCUUCGCCGCUGGCCGUACUCGUCAAAAGGCCACAGACAUGCGCAUUCAAGCCCUGGGAUCCAAGGUUUCCAUUCACAAACAGGAGAAGAUGCCAAUGAACAUGCGCAAAGGCAUUGUGGCUGCGGCAGAAGCACGCGAGACGAAACGUCGAAGAGAGGCUAAGGAGAACGGUAUUAUCCUGGAGCGAGAAACGGGGAAAAAGAAGGGAGGCAAAGGCCGGAACCGAGACCUGCCAGUCGAUCGACCGGGAGUUGGCAGGCUCAGAGGAGCUGAAUUACGUUUGAGCGAUAGGGACAUCAAGAGCAUAGAGGGAGGAAGAGAUGCGUUUGGCAGAAAAGGAAGGCGAUGA